AUGGCGGAUAUCGAUAGCUUAAUAAACAAACGGGCCAGUAUCAGAGGAAGACUCACUAAAUUUAGUAAUUAUCUUGCACAAGUCGGAACUAUUGUCGAAGAAUCUCAAUUUAACGAGUUACAACUAAAGACACAGAAAAUCAACGAAUUAUGUCAAAAUUACGAUUUGCUACAAGAUAAGAUCGAUGAGCUUUGCCCAGAGACGAUUGACGAAGAAAUCGAUCAGAGAGACGCCACAGAGUCGCAAUUUACUCAAUUAUUAGCCAAAGCAAAAACAUUACUCAAACAAUAUGCAGAUAACAAUGUCCAAGCAUCAUCAACUCAAAGUGACUCUCGUCGAUCUCAUGAAGCUAGUUUUAAAUUGCCGACUAUUGUUAUAUCCAAAUUCGACGGUAACUAUUCGGAUUGGCUCGAAUUCAGGGACACUUAUAAGUCGCUCAUACACAAUAAUCCGCAGCUUUUACCAAUUCAUAAAUUUCAUUAUUUAAAUUCAUAUCUUACGGGAGAGGCUGCCAGAUUGCUCACAAAUUUAGAAGUAUCAUCACAGACAUAUAACGAAGCUUGGGAUCUCCUGUGCGAACGAUUUAAUAACAAGAGGCAUUUAAUCCACAAUCAUUUGAACGCACUGUUUAAUCUAGAGUCCAUUAGCCGGGAAAAUGACAAGUCAAUACGCUCCUUAGUUGACAAUGUCAAUAAGGACCUCAGAGCAUUAUCAAGCCUUGGUGAACCUACAGACAAGUGGGACACUAUUAUUAUACAUAUGGUCUCCAUGAAGCUAGACCAUAACACAAAAAGAGCUUGGGAAGAACUCAGAAACACUUUCGAAGAUAUGCCUAAACUAAGUCAAUUUACUAAAUUUCUACAAGAGAGAGCAAGCAUCCUAGAAACGUGCAACAAAAGGACAAAUACAACUAACAUGCAGCAAGUUUCAAGUAAAAACGUGCACGCCUAUAGGUCCCUAACAUGCACAACAAACUCCAGUGUAACUCCGGCCCAUAUCAAAACACAAUAUAAACCACAGUCGACGUGUACCUAUUGUUCAAAAGAUCACAUUGUAUACAAUUGCCCUGCGUUCCUAGCAAAGACUCCAGAGCAAAGGCAGGCCGAAGUUAUAAAAUUACAUCUAUGCAUUAACUGUCUGAAGAGAGGACACAACGUCAAGGAAUGCCGCAGUUCAUCUUGCCGACAAUGCCGCAAGCGACAUCACACAUUGCUGCACUUUUCGUCACAGCCCGCCGCAAAUGUCUCGGUGCAGACCGCAGUAGCUACGGCUGAAGAUAAUCCAAUCAUCGCAAACAUCGCGUCAUCUCAGCCUGAAAUCCAAGUCCUGCUAUCAACGGCAGUUAUCGAGGUGGUAAAUCCAGAAACGAAUAAAAAGCAGAAGGCACGCUGUCUUUUAGACUCAGGUAGUCAAGCUACAUUUAUUACUAAGUCCUUGAAGGAGAGAUUGGGACUCAACGUUAUACCCACAAAGGCGGUACCAAUCAUGGGCAUGUCGAACACACCGCGCGGUUUCAUCUCAGAGCGAAGUGUAGUACGUUUACAAUCAACCACGGGAAGGUUCAAUGUUACUCAAGCCUGCGCCGUUAUACCCGAACUCACUGAGAAUAUUCCACACAGACUUAUAAAUAUCAAACACUUCAAUAUACCAGCGAAUAUUCUAUUAGCUGAUCCUUCGUUUAAUACCUCUAGCCCAGUAGAGAUUAUAAUCGGUGCAGAUUUGUUUUGGCAGAUCAUUGGAAGCGAAGAGAGAAGCCUUGGACCGAAACUACCUAUGUUAAGAAACUCACAAUUAGGUUGGUUGAUUACAGGGCCGCUAUAUAUCGACAACGAAUUACAACGAGUAGACUGUCAUCUAGUAACAAACAAUACAAAUGACAACUCUGGAGAUACCUUAAACUACAAGCUAUCGAGAUUCUGGGAGCUAGAAGAGCUACCUAAAAGACCACUUCUCAGCGACAGUGAAAAAAUGUGCGAGGCACAUUUUCAAGAGCACACCAUACGCGAAGGAAACGGGCGCUUCUGUGUAAGGAUACCUCUCAAACAACCGCCGAACGUGUUAGGCGAUUCAUAUCAACUUGCAAGGCGGCGAUUUCUAUCUUUAGAAAGGAAGUUCCGCAAGAAUCCAGCACUAAAGAAAGCCUACUGUGAAUUCAUAGAAGAAUACAAGAACCUAGGUCACUGUUCCGAGACGCUCGAUCCUCCUGUUGGAGGUCAUUAUCUUUGCCAUCAUGCCGUGCUUAGCGACCGCAGCGAGUCUACAAAGCUAAGAGUGGUAUUCGAUGGCUCCGCUCCUACGACUUCAGGCGUAUCUAUCAACGAUAUACAAUUCACCGGCCCUAAGGUGCAAGACGCUCUAUUAUCAAUAUUAUUACGCUUCAGAACACACAAAUACGUACUAGCCGGUGAUAUUGAUAAAUUCUUCCGUCAAGUCUUAAUGCAUGAAGACGAUCGCAAUCUUCAACUAAUUUUGUGGCGUGAGGCACCGGAUCAACCUCUUGUAACACUAAAACUAAACACUGUCACGUAUGGAUUCACAAGUGCCAGCUAUUUAAGCACAAAAUGUCUGUGGAUGUUGGGACAAGACUGUAGUGACCCAAAGAUCAAAGAAAUUAUACAAAACGACUUUUACUGUGACGAUCUACUAACAGGAGCAAAUACAAAGGAGGAGUUAAUUUUCAUACUUAACGCUGUUAUUUCAAAACUAAAAUCAGGCUGUUUAAAUUUACGAAAAUUUAGAUCGAACGCUCCUGAGAUUUUCCCUAAGUCGACUCUCGAUCUGCAAGCCAAUCUAAGCCUGAGCGAUGCUACAAGUGCACUCGGCCUAGGUUGGAGUCCACCAGAAGACGUUCUACAAUUUACGAUUGAAGCUCCCACUGCCGACACUGUAAGCAAAUCAACCAAGAGAUCUAUUUUGUCAUCAUCAUUCAGCAUCUUUGAUCCACUAGGUCUAUUAGCGCCAUGCACGGUCCAGCCAAAAAUGCUUCUCCAGCAACUGUGGAAAAGAGGGUUAGACUGGGAUGAGCCAGUCCCAGAAGAUCUACAAAGGGCAUGGCAUAAAAUUAGAGAAGGCUUUCCACUAUUAUCGGACUUAACUAUCCCACGAAGAGUGUUAUGCGAUGAAACAAACAACAUACAACUACAUUCCUUCAGUGACGCAUCUAUGCACGCCUAUGGCGCCUGCAUCUUUCUAAGGUCUAUCAACAAAGACGGCGAUAUUACAGUCCAACUACUAUGUGCCAAAUCGAGAGUAGCUCCAACCAAGCCGCCAUUAACAAUACCAAAAUUAGAAUUGCUAGGAGCUCUACUCGCUGCUAAUCUAUCAAAGUUGGUGCUGGAGUCCCUACGAUGUCCUGUUUCAAAAAGCGUACACUGGUGUGAUUCUAGAGUCGCACUCGCAUGGCUUAACAUUUGUCCCAGUAAACUGAAGAGUUUCGUGGCCAACAAGGUUGUCGAAAUCUGCGAAAACACAAAUCUGUCUUCUUGGCGCUACGUACCUACUGCUUCCAAUCCGGUUGACUACAUCUCACGCGGCGUAUCACCAGAGAAACUACGCAAACUACAAGAUUGGUGGACUGGGCCCUCUUUCCUUGCAAUGGAAGACACCCAAUGGCCAGUUAUAGAACAGACAAACAACAAUAAUAUACUUCACAUGAAGCAGACUUACCUGAGAUGA